CACGAACCAUCAAAAAGUCAACUACAACAAAUUCUGCUACCACUGAAACGGCCAUCAUCUUCUGCUUCAAAACCCUUACCACUCCUGGUAACCCAACAGGUCCAAUGCUUCUUGGUCCUAGGAUCGCAAGGCACGCAAGUCGACUACCCAACCAUUUCAGAGCGACCAGGCCAUUCCUAUUAACCACUUGCAUCAACCGCACCAUCUCACCACUCACCAAACAAUUCAGCACCAAAAAACCAAAAACCUCAACCACACUCAAAACCAACACCGACGCCCACCACAACAACCAACAACCACUAGAAACCAAAAUGGCCAACGACCACUAUCUAACUCUGUCCUGUCCCGACAAACCCGGCAUUAUCCACGCUGUAACAGGAAUCUUCGCACAACAUGACCUGAACAUUCUUGACCUGCAACAAUUCUCUGAUCGGUCAUCCGAAAAAUUCUUCAUGCGCGUGCAUUUUGGACCAGCGCCUGAAUCUGGCACCGAUUUUCUCGUCCCUCACUUCUCCAAACUAGUCGAAUCGCACCAGAUAGACUAUCAACUCCGACCCGUGGCAUCCAAGCCUAAGGUCCUAAUCAUGGUAUCCAAAAUCGGACAUUGUCUAAACGACCUACUCUUCCGACAAAAGACCGGCCAACUCGCCAUCGACAUCCCCGUCAUCGUGUCGAACCACCCUGACUUUGAACAGCUGGCCAACUCCUAUGGAAUUGCUUUCCACCAUCUCCCUGUCACCAAGGACACCAAGCUACAACAAGAAUCUCAGAUCCUGGAUCUGAUCAAGCAGCAUAACGUCGACCUAAUUGUCUUGGCACGGUAUAUGCAAGUGUUGUCGCCAAAUCUCUGUUCCGUCAUGUCUGGCAAGAUCAUCAAUAUUCAUCAUUCAUUCUUACCCAGUUUCAAGGGUGCUAAACCCUAUCAUCAAGCUUAUGACCGUGGCGUCAAGAUCAUUGGCGCCACUGCCCAUUUCGUCACUGCUGAUUUGGACGAGGGUCCUAUCAUUGAGCAGAGGGUCACUCGUGUUGAUCACAACAUGACUGCCAAAGAACUUGUCGAUGAGGGAAGUAAUGUCGAGAGCCAGGUAUUGGGCGCAGCGGUUAAAUGGUGGAGUGAGAACAGGGUGUUCAUGAAUGGGACGAAAACGGUGGUAUUUAAUUAGAACGAGACAAAAUGAACAAACAUUCAUCCAUAUCUAGACAGCAUCUUUGACGAAUUUAACAGUUUAGACAGACGGGGAUUAUUUGAUAUGAAGUAUCCAGCAAUGAUAGACAUAUAUACAUAUAUGCA